GGAGUGGGUGUAAUUUUAGUGAAAAAAUAAAACGUUUCAGUAAAAAUGCACGGAGAAGCGCCAGAGUUAAAAAGAUGUUGUUUCUGCUUGCCUUUAAGAAGAGGCCUGAUUGGUUGGGGAUAUACCAAGCUGAUACUCAACAUUUUGGCUAUUGUGUACAGUGGAUUCAUAAUGUAUAUUUAUGCCACCAGAUCUUGGAGACCUAUGGAGGUCAGAGAUUUUGUGAUUGUGGCAUUUAUUGACUUCUUUAUACUCCUUGAUAUCGCCUUCGGUAUUAUCUUUAUCGUCGCUGGACACAAGAAAAAUGUGAAGUUGCUACAAAUAUCCUACAUAUACAACAUGGCGUGGCUGGUCUUAGUGACGCUGGCCAACUGCUUCCAACUGUGCAUAAACCUCAGUAUCGCUUACAGGAUGUGGUCAUACAUGGACUCCCGCAAAUAUAUUAUCUUCAAUUUGCUCACCAGUUCAGGACUCGCUUUCAGUCUUAUUUUUGCACAAAUAUACCUGAUAUUGCUGAUACGCAGUGAGAUGAUAAAACUACGGCAGCAGACCUUAGGAAUGCAAUACUCAAACGUAGCCUCAGGCGAGCCGCAGUGCACACUUCACAGCACAUCUGACCAACACACGGAUGGGGAAAAUUUUGUGCAGAACUGUUGCACGGAUAAGACACCAGGUGUGGAGCACUGUUGCACGGACAAGGAACAAGUUGUGCAAAACUGUUGCACGAAAGAGAAAUGUAAUACUUAA